AUGUCAUACCCUUCUAGUUCGGGAAACGGUGCUGGCAGCCGGCCUAGCUGGCAGGAUCAGCUUCAGGAUCAUUGCACACGCACCAAGCAGUCUCCUCCUGUCUUCAACAUUGUCUCCGAUCGGCGAGGAGGUCGUACCGCCUGGUCCAGCACCGUCACCGUCCAAGGCCAGAACAUCGCCGCUCGGUACUGGUAUGACGGUCAGUUUAUCAACAAUGCCAAAGAGGACGCUGCCGAGGUCGCCCUCAAGACCCUGAACCAACAGCCCCGGGCUGCCACCGUGUAUCCGGGCCAGCUGUUCCCACAGGCGUCGACCGGGUAUGGUCGCGGAGCCGGUGGGUUCUGA